AUGACAGAAGCCAAGUCUUCGGGAAUCCGCAUCGCCAUCGAUCGUGGUGGUACCUUCACAGAUGCCUGGGCCUGGAUCCCCGAUUCAGAUCAGAAGCUGGUGAUCAAAAUCCUUUCGCAAAGCCCUGAUGAGUAUCCCGACGCGCCAACGGAAUGUAUCCGCCAAAUCUUGGAAAUAGCCGGCGGCAAGUCGAUCCCAAGAGGAACGCCUCUAAACCUAGAUACUGUCGAGUCCAUCCGCAUGGGGACCACCGUGGCAACAAAUGCGCUCUUGGAAAGGCAAGGUGAACCUACGGUGUUAGUCAUCACCAAGGGAUUCCGGGACAUUUUGGAAAUCGGCAAUCAGGCCCGUCCUCACAUCUUCGACUUGUCAGUUCGUCGAAUGGAAAAGCUUUACGAGAGGGUGAUUGAAGUCGAUGAGCGUAUCACGAUAGAAGAGUUUACCGAGCACCCAGAUCCUAAGCCUGUCAUUGAUGUUGGCAGCGAUUCAGCGUUGGUAAAGGGCUUAUCGGGAGAAAUUGUUCGCAUCAUAAAGGCACCAGAUUACGACAAGAUACGGAAGGACCUCUCACUUUUAUGGAACCAAGGCUAUCGCAGUGUUGCUAUUGCCAUGAUGCACUCUUAUACUUUCCAAGAUCACGAGCAGUGUGUAUCGGCUAUAGCCCGAGAGCUUGGUUUCCGAGUCUCUGCAUCCUCAGAGCUCCAAAAAAUGGUCAAGAUUGUACCCCGGAGUCAAUCUGCUGUGGCAGAUGCCUAUUUGUCGCCCGUUAUCGACACAUAUCUCACGAGCUUUCGCAAGGGCUUCGAGGGUCGAUUAGAAGAUCACAAUGGACGGAAAUUGUUUUUGAAUCAGUCAGAUGGUGGUCUCACGGCGUACUCAAAUUUCACUGGCUUACGCGGUGUGUUGAGUGGUCCUGCUGGUGGCGUAAUUGGACUGUCUAAGACUUGCUAUGAUCCAACCGAUGGUACUCCUGUUUUAGGGUUUGAUAUGGGUGGGACAAGUACGGAUGUGGCCCGCUAUGCCGGAUCUCUGGAGCAUAUAUUUGAGAGCACUAUCGCUGAGGUGACGAUUCAGACACCACAGCUGGAUAUCAAUACUGUCGCAGCUGGCGGUGGCUCUAUAUUGAGAUGGGAAAAUGGUCUUCUCAAAGUUGGUCCAGGGAGUGCUGGUGCUAAUCCUGGUCCUGCUUGCUAUGGCCGAGGCGGACCCCUCACCGUCACGGACGCCAAUUUCUUCCUUGGCCGAAUUGUACCAGACUUGUUCCCCCGAGCUCUCGACAAGCACGUCGUUGAAGAAGCAUUCCACGAGCUGACAGCAACAAUCAACAAGGACAUGGCGAGCGAGAUAGCAUUGACCGCCGAAGAAGUGGCGGUGGGAUUUUUGAACGUCGCCAACGCGACAAUGACAAGGCCUAUCAGAACAUUGAGCGAGGGCCGAGGUUUCGAAGCUGGAGCUCAUAAUCUCGGUUGCUUCGGUGGGGCUGGAGGACAGCACGCUGUCGCUAUAGCUCGAGAUCUCGGCAUCAGGCGUGUGAUUAUUCCUCGCUAUUCCAGUAUUCUGUCAGCGUAUGGGAUGGCGCUUGCGGAUGUCGUUGUGGAGCAUCAAGAGCCAGAGACCAUUAAUUUCUCGAAUCAGACACUGGACCAGCUGCAAGGCCGCUUCGACAGGCUGCGGGCUCAGGGUGUCGGUGCCCUGGAGUCCCAAGGAUUCUCUGUUGAACAAAUCAGACAUGAAUUCUUCCUCAACAUGCGAUAUCAGGGCACCGACACGUCGCUGAUGAUCCCCCAUCCUGGCCGCCUCGCUGGUUUCGAGGAGGCAUUCGUUGCUCGCCACCAGCAGGAAUUUGGCUUCACACAACCUCGCAGUACUAUUGUCGACGAUGUCAGAGUGCGCACCAUUGGCAAAGGUAUCAAUCUCAAACUCACCAACCCAUUCGAAGAGCUACGUAGGAUACAUUCAUCUCCACUGGCUACUCCUAUCAAGUCUCGAGCAUCCACCAGGGUAUACUAUGAGGGCCACGGGUGGAUUGAAACUGCACUCUUCUAUCUCGACGAUCUCCCAAUCGGCAGUACGGUCCAAGGACCUGCUAUGGUGGUCGACAAGACCCAGACUAUUGUGCUUGACCUUUCGAGUGCUGCUACCGUCCUGGCCGAACACCUGAUCCUGGAGAUUUUGGAUGUCAAAACACCCGAGGUGUCCACGGAUACGGUAGAUCCGGUGCAGCUUUCCAUCUUCGGUCAUCGAUUCAUGAGCGUCGCCGAGCAGAUGGGACAGACCAUGCAAAAGACCUCCAUCUCCGUCAAUAUCAAGGAACGCCUAGACUUUUCCUGUGCCAUUUUUUCGGCGACUGGUGGUCUGGUAGCCAAUGCGCCACAUAUUCCCGGUCAUCUUGGCUCUAUGAGCUAUUCUGUUGCCUAUCAAGCAAGCCUUUACGGACCAGGUGAGCUGAAGCCCGGUGACGUUCUGCUUAGCAACCAUCCACGCGCUGGAGGUACACAUCUACCUGACUUGACCGUCACUACACCCGUGUUCAGCGAGGACAACCCUUCCAAGAUUCUAUUCUUCGUGGCCAACCGUGGGCAUCAUGCUGACAUUGGUGGUAUCCAACCUGGAUCGAUGCCCCCCCACUCCACUGAGCUUUGGCAGGAAGGAGUUGCUGUCGAAACUUUUAAGAUUGUGAAAGAAGGUGCAUUUGACGACGAGGGGCUUCAUGAGAUCUUAGUCGAUAUUCCUGCCGCAUAUCCGGGCUGCAGUGGGACAAGAACCCUAAAAGACAAUAUCGCUGACCUCAAAGCCGCUAUUGCGUCCAACAACAGAGGUAUCCAGCUCAUCAACGCCUUAGUCAAGGAUUACUCAUGGCCGGUCGUUGAAUUUUACAUGGAGGCUAUUCAAAAAAAUGCUGCACAGUCUGUCCGAGACCUGCUGCAGGGUUUCAGUCGACGAUUCGAAGGACAAGAUCUGCAGGCAACCGACUUUCUUGAUGACGGUACAAUGUUAUCAUUGCAGAUUACUAUUGACCCUGAAAGUGGUGAUGCCGUAUUCGAUUUCGAGGGGACCGGCCCUGAGCAAUUCGGCAACCUCAAUUGCCCCCCUGCGGUUAUGCUGUCUGGAAUCAUGUAUUGUCUGCGAUCAAUGGUCGCAACGGACAUGCCUUUGAACCAAGGUUGUCUUGACCCUAUCAAGCUGAAGUUACCACCGAACACCAUUCUCUCCCCCUCACUCAAGGCUGCAACGGUCGGGUCCAAUGUUGAGACAUCGCAGCGAAUCGUGGACCUGGUCUUCAAAGCGUUCCAAGCCUGCGCCGCCUCUCAAGGUACUUGCAAUAACCUGACCUUCGGCUAUGGUGGUACGGACAGUACUACCAGAGCAACUGUCAAGGGCUUCGGUUAUUAUGAAACAAUCGCUGGUGGCUCUGGCGCUGGUGCUGACUGGCAGGGCGAGAGUGGUGUUCACACCCACGUUACAAAUACCAGAAUGUCCGAUCCCGAAGUAUUCGAGAAGAGAUACCCUGUCUUGUUACACGAAUUCUCUAUUCGCCAAGGUAGUGGCGGUGCCGGCCUAAAUCGUGGUGGCGACGGCUGCGUGCGCGACAUUGAGUUCCGCAUGCCACUCCAGGUUUCUAUACUCUCGGAGCGUAGAGUCAUCGCACCUUACGGGAUGGCAGGCGGUGAGGAGGGUAAGCGGGGUUUGAAUCUGUGGAUCCGCAAGGAUCCGACCGACGGAACCGUCAGAACGAUCAAUCUUGGUGGCAAGGCGACGACUGCAAUGAGUGCCGGUGAUAGGAUCAUCAUAAUGACACCAGGUGGCGGUGGCUAUGGACCUAGUGCUGAUAAGGUGAAAAAGGAAGAGCGGUUUGGAACAUUUAGGAUUAGAGAUAAAUUCGCAAGUGGCCUCUCGCCUAGCGCAGUACGACAGCUCUAUCUAGCCUGCGUCACGAGCGUAGCAGACUACGGGUGUUAA